AUGCAUAUCGUCUCUGCCGUGUCUACUAGCCUGCUUCUGUGCGGUGCGCUCACCCGUGCCUUCCCCUUGAACCCUCGUCUCGUCACACUCGACCCCGCCGCCACCGCUGAGGCGCAAAAGCGCGACGACACCGCCACCCGCGCGUUCUCGUCCACCGAGAUCAAGACCUCGGACGGCCAGUGCCUCUUCGUCGUGAGCGGUUCCGGCGACUUCCGGAACAACCUCACGCCCGUCCAGGUCGGCGCCUGCGAUGGCUCUGACGGCCAGAAGUGGGAUGUCAUUACAGCCGGCGUGCACAACGACCAGCCCGGACAGGCCCUUAUCGUCAGCUCUCUGACCCAGGCCUGCCUGAACUUCGACCCUCGUCGCGCUGCCGGCAACCAGGUCCUCCUCUUCUCUUGCGGUGGUCGUGCGGAUGGUGGCGGAGCUGUCACUAACUCGCAACUCUUCGCGUUCACCGGCGGUGCGGGCCCUCUCCCGCUCGUGCCUCAGAACGGCAACGGCCAGACGCUCCUCACCGUCACCAACGGUCUCCUCGACCAGACGUCUGGCUCGGCUGCCCAAGCCAGCGGCAACGAGCUAUUCACGUUCGGCGACAAUGGCGCCGCCCCCUCCGCGGCGACCACGUCUGCGGCUGCUACGUCAACUACCGUUAGUGCCACGAGCGCGCCCUCGAUUACCCCGGCUCCGACGUCGACCACGGCCUCUGCGACGACGACCGGUCCUGUGAGCGUCUCUCGUGCUGGUGUCGUGCUCAACCCCUCCGCCGCUGCUGAGGCCAACCCUCGUGACAACACCGCCACGCGUGCGCUUUCUAGCGUUUCCAUCAAGACGAACGACGGCAACUGCUUGUCGGUUGACGCCACCGCUGGUGACUUCCGCGAGAACCUGAUCCCCAUCCAGGCGAAGGCGUGCGAUGGCAGCGAUGGCCAGAAGUGGGACGUCAUCACCAAGGGCGUGCACAACGAUCAGCCCGGCUUCGCGCUCAUCGUCAGCACGCUUACUCAGGGGUGCAUGAACUUCGACCCCCGCCGCGCCGACGGCGACCAGGUCAUCCUCUUCUCGUGCGGUGGCCGCGCUGACGGCGGAGGCGCUGUCACCAACUCGCAGGUAUGCAUACCUUGUAUGUCAUCGGUUCGGAUGCGGUAA